UUAAUGCCAUAUAGAAAGCUCAAAUUAUCCACCACACAUGCAUCUCUAAGCUCUCCUCUGCAUUUCCAUUCCCAUACUUGAAACAAAAUUCUCUCUGUCUCUGUCUCUGUCUCUGUCUCUCUCUCCAUGGCUAGCUUGAGCUUUAUGGUUGGCAUUUUCGGUAACAUCAUUUCGAUUUUGGUUUUCACUUCUCCCAUUAAAACAUUUUGGCAAGUGGUCAAGAAGAGAUGCACAGAGAAUUACAAAGGAGUUCCGUACAUAACGACGCUGCUGAGCACAAGUCUCUGGAGCUUUUACGGAAUUCUCAAGCCGGGCGGAUUGCUCGUGUUGACAGUGAAUGCUGCCGGAGCCAUCAUGCAGUUCAUCUAUGUCACUCUUUUUCUCAUCUAUGCUCCCAAGGACAAAAGGAUUCAGUUGAUGAAGCUGGUAGCCCUUCUAGACGUGGGCUUUCCUGGGGUGGUAGUAGCAGUGACUCUUCUGGCAAUCCAUGGAAAUAUGCGGCUCACAGUCGUGGGAAUUUUGUGUGCUGCAUUGACCAUCGGCAUGUAUGCCUCUCCUCUAGCCGUGAUGAGAACAGUCAUUAAGACGAAGAGCGUCAAGUACAUGCCGUUUUUCCUCUCCUUCUUCUUGUUCCUCAAUGCAACCGUUUGGUCUAUUUAUGCGGUGCUGGUCAAAGACUUCUACAUCGGAGUUCCGAACGGGAUUGGCUUCAUACUUGGAUCGGCGCAGCUGAUACUGUAUGCAAUAUACAAGAAGCAGUCCGCGGCAUCGAAAUUAGAAGAGUCUACAGAGGAAGCAGAGGAAGACGGAUCGGCCCAUCUAGUCAAAGGGGAUGUAGAGAUAGGUUCGUACAAUGUCGAGGACGAGAACCAGCUGAAAAACCGCACCAUCGCUAAGGGAAGAAGCCUUCCGAAGCCACCGGUAAUUCGACAAUACAGUUUGCAGAAGAUCAUGAAGACGCUUUCCAUGAGUCCCUAGGAGCUCCACUCUCCCGAGGAGGAUGAGGACGACAUUGGACGUUGAAAUGACGACCGGCACAACUAACAAAAAAAGAAAAAUCCGGGAUGCGGGUUAUCACAUGCUUAGAUUUGAUACGAGGCUUACUGCAUCCUAGAACUUCAGAAUGGCUCUGUAUACAGAGCAAAGCAAAAUCCAUAAAUUCAAGGCGUGCUCUCUCCUUUUGCGGAAGCUCAAUAAUUCAGAAAUGAUCUUUUUUUUCAA